UCUCCUCUAUCUCUACGUUUAUACACUAAAUCCUCUCUUUUUUUUCUUAAUUUUGUUGGUGUUGUUGUUACUCUUAAUCACAUUUAAAAACCAAGAAGACCAACCAUGAAUGAGAAUCACAUGAACAAUACCAUUCAUGUAACAAGCAAUAAUCUCCCAAACUUCCUCUUAUCGGUACGCCUCAAAUACGUCAAACUCGGUUACCAUUACCUAAUCUCUAACGCUGUCUACAUCAUCCUCCUCCCCGUCCUCCUCGCCGCAACCUCUUCCUUCAGUCUCUCCGAUCUCACUCUCUUAUUCAACCACCUCCUCAGUUCCCACUUCCUAUCUUCUACUCUCUUUGCUGCUCUUCUUAUCUUUCUUACCACCCUCUACUUCACAACCCGUCCUCGCAAAAUUUUCCUCCUCGAUUUUGCUUGUUACAAACCCGACUCUUCUCUAAUAUGCACACGAGAAACGUUCAUGGACCGGUCUCAACGUGUCGGUAUCUUCACGGAAGACAACCUCGCUUUCCAACAAAAGAUUCUCGAACGUUCUGGUCUUGGUCAAAAGACUUACUUCCCGGAGGCUCUUUUGCGUGUCCCGCCGAAUCCAUGUAUGUCCGAGGCGAGGAAAGAAGCCGAGACGGUUAUGUUUGGAGCUAUAGACGCAGUGCUUGAAAAAACCGGUGUGAAGCCUAAGGAUAUUGGAAUACUUGUGGUGAAUUGUAGCUUGUUUAAUCCCACGCCUUCUUUAUCGGCUAUGAUCGUGAAUAAAUAUAAGCUUAGAGGAAACAUUCUGAGCUAUAAUCUUGGUGGAAUGGGUUGUAGUGCCGGUCUUAUCUCCAUUGACCUCGCUAAACAGCUUCUUCAGGUUCAACCAAACUCAUAUGCACUAGUAGUGAGCACAGAAAAUAUAACCCUAAACUGGUACUUAGGCAACGACCGAUCGAUGCUUCUCUCAAACUGCAUCUUCCGAAUGGGCGGCGCCGCCGUGCUCCUUUCUAAUCGCUCCUCGGACCGCCGCCGCUCCAAAUAUCAACUCAUCCACACUGUCCGAACACACAAAGGAGCUGAUGACAACGCCUUCAACUGCGUUUACCAACGUGAAGACAACGACGACAACAAACAAAUCGGUGUCUCACUUUCCAAAAACCUAAUGGCUAUCGCCGGAGAAGCUCUUAAAACGAACAUAACGACACUCGGACCACUAGUCCUACCAAUGUCCGAACAACUUCUCUUUUUCGCAACACUGGUCGCCCGGAAAGUCUUUAAUGUCAAGAAAAUCAAACCUUAUAUUCCUGAUUUCAAGCUAGCCUUCGAGCACUUCUGCAUCCACGCAGGAGGCAGAGCAGUGCUCGAUGAGAUUGAGAAGAACUUAGAUCUUUCUGAGUGGCAUAUGGAACCUUCGAGGAUGACUUUGAACCGCUUUGGUAAUACUUCGAGUAGCUCGCUUUGGUAUGAGCUUGCUUAUAGUGAGGCUAAAGGGAGGAUCAAGAGAGGAGAUAGGACUUGGCAGAUUGCUUUUGGAUCGGGGUUUAAGUGUAAUAGUGCGGUUUGGAGAGCUUUGAGAACUAUUAAUCCGUCCAAGGAGAAGACUAAUCCAUGGAUCGAUGAGAUUCAUGAAUUCCCCGUGCCGGUUCCAAGGAUAUCACCGGUGACGUCUUCGUCGGAACCUCGAUAGUUGCUUUUUGUUUUGUUUUCAUGUAUAAUAUGAUCCCCAUCACAUAUAUCUCAAAAGUCAAAUAUCUUCAAUCCAUAUAUCACGUCAAAAGAUGUAUUGUACAAAGAUAACGGAUUCUAUAAAAGAGUUUGUUCAUUCGUUUUUAA